UGUGGCAUUCGUACAAGGACUCAAGCUGAUCUUGAUAAAAUUAACAAUGGCACAGCUGCAAGAUAUGGCCUCUACAGCAAGUAGAGAAGGAAGACCAGCCUUGAUCUCUCACGUGAGAAGUGAAUUUAAAAAGAGCGCUCUUGUGUCAAGCGCUUUUUUUGGCACCAUCCUUCUUUGCUUGGAGAAGUUCAUUGAAAAAGAGUUUGCAUGCCCUUGCAAAUAUGGUUUGAAUGCUGUGUUUGCAAUUGUGUAUUUAAUUGUUCCUGCAGUUGUGGUCUUUUUGCUGAUGAUGAACAUUAAAGACUUUAAGUGUGGGAUGUCUCAAAAGGAGAUCUGGAAAACUGUGGCUUCCAGCUUUGUCACUGCCAUGUUUUGGAUCAUCAUUGUGUUGUGGGAUGGCCAUUGUGUUGCCUGUAUGAAGACAACCUGGUCAGGCAGUUACGUGGAAAUUGACAAAGCAGCUCCUCAGAAAUGGUGCAAACCAGCCAACCUCACCUCAUCACAAGAGUUGGACUACAAGAACGAGACUCAGCAUUGGUUUUUCGUGUCUCAGUGCGUAGGAAUGGGGCUGAUCAUAUUGAUCAUCGUAGUGUAUUUGAUCUUGAAGUGCUGCUGCCAACAGGAAGCUGCGGAAGUUAUCAGUCACCAAGUUAACGACAGCAGGGAUGCUGCCGAUCACGAUCGACUUUAAGAAAUUAAAGGAUAAAAAGAUAAAAUGGACAUAAUUUCAAAAAUGAAGGAGACCGAAGGCUUUGGUUAUGAUUAAAGAAGUGCCUACUGUAGAAAUCAUUAUUAAAAGAUAUCAUGGAUAAAGCUGAGAAACAACGUCAUUAAUCACAUUGUUGUAUUGAAAGUAACAAGUCUGGCAAUUAAGUGGGCCAUUUUGGUGAAAUAAAAUAAAGUUCAAUCUGCAUCAAAAGAAAUUUAUCUAAAAUCAGUUUGCAUGUCUAAUUCCAACUUCUUCAUCUGGAGGCCACGUCAUGUCAGUAACUUAGACAGUGGAGACAGGUGUGUACUUGUGUGUGUGUUGUGUAAAUAAACAAGUUCUGCAGAAACAGAUUACAUCAAGAGGCUUUUAAGAACUAUUUACAAGAAAUAUUUUACUUAAAUAAUGAUAUCUUUUUUAACAUUGUCUACUUCAACUUUAAAAGCCGUCUGUGUACAAUCAUAUGAAAUAAUUAAUACAUGACUAUUUCUUGAUCAUCAUUAUUUGUGAUGAUGUGAAUCUUUUUGAUUUUGAUUUUCUGUGAUAAGAAUGAAGCAAGAAAUUUCCUUUACUCUCUACAAAAUCUUAACUGAAACAAGAGCUGUAAACAUAAAAGUUGUAAAGCUAAUACUUAUUAUAUCUGUUUCAUUUUGUAUAUUCCAUCUUUUCAUCAAAGUAAAAACUGUGAAAUUAAAGUUUGCUUUAACUCGUCUAUGUAAUUACUUUGUGGUGCUUUUACUGUUGACUUUACACUUUGGUCUGUCUGAAAACUUGUAACGUCUAUAAUUAAACAGAAAUCAAACACGAAAUAACAAUAUAUUACAUGUAUUUCCUUUUUCAUGUAAGCUAUGCAUUUGCUGUAUCACAAUGAAAUAAAUAAAAAACAUUUUAA